GCGUAUGCAUUUUUUAAACAGCCUCUCAGUUGUCGAAUAGUUCCCGUCAAGGUUCAAUCGACCGUUUUCGUCACGGUCGAAGGAGGUGACGAAUGGACGAAUAGCUGUCUCCAAGCCCCAAAAACACCGCAAAAUUGUAUUCAAGAUAAUUGCAAGAGGGUACCGUAAUUAGAUUCUGCAAAGAGCCCAAUAGUGAAGUGAACUGAGGAAACCUACCUAACAAGCCAAACGGCUUCCAAGGAUUCCUUAGACUGUCCUUCAUUAAAUAGAAGGUCUUCGUGGUCACAAAACUGCUUAUGGUUCAUCUUCAAGAAGCUUUGCUGGAGAGCUUAAUCGUCGCGAUCAGCUUUACACCAACGGAUAAACUGGAGCCUGGGAGCGUUUCAAUUGUCUUUGGCUUAUUUUUGCGAGAUAGCGGUUAUUUCUUCUGUUUCCUUUGAAAUUUGGCGCGGGAAAUCGGUGUUCGAUCUUCCAAAAGUGAUCCCCUCACGCAAGCCAGACGUGACAAUCGCUGUGUUGUCGAAAGGGCGCGCGUGGGAAAGUGUUGUUUCCAUGCCUAAAGAUGCUGAAAUAAUCAAUGGCUUUCAGGUAACCUUAACUCGUUUCUCCUAUGGAGUUUGUAAGCAAUCCGCAGGUGGAAAUUAGAUUUCGCAAAACAAGGCCUUUCCCACGUGUUGUCAAUUCGUUCAAUCGUCUCCAAAAUGUAUUUAUGGGAAUACUACCUUCCUCAAGAAGAGUAGCAUAUAACGUUGAAGCUACCUGGAAGGCUGAGAAAAACCCAACUUUUUUGGCUCAAGCCAAAGAGAAUCAAGGAUCAGUAAACUUGUAUCCUAACGAAGAAAGUGGGUCGCAUGCACAGAAAAGGGAUGCUGACUGCUCACAAAAUGAUUCCAUCACCGAGUCCCAAAGUGGCACGAAAGCCAUCGGAAGGGAUGACGAUAUGCCGUCACAACUGGCCCGUGCUAAAUUAGCCGACCAUGAUCGAUUGAACCCAAAAAAGGUAUUUUCCUCGCAAGCUUUAAACAGUGCUGUUCAAGAACUGAACAAGGCUAUGGAUUAUCACCAAAAUGACAACAUUGUUAAUGCCCGGAAAAUUAUAAAACGGCUUUUCGAAAAUAUGUCGAGAAAUCAAGCAUGGUUUAAGUUUUCGACUAAGUAUGCCUUGCAUGUACUACUUCGUGGAAGAGAAAUCUUUCUGGAGGAGGGCGUAAGUUGCUCGAUAAAACACGGAACUUUACUUCUGGAUUCAAGUACGCGUGGAGCACCGCUUUACUUCGGAUUACUGAACGUCUUGGCAGCAUUUGCAUUGCUGAUUUCAGAGUUUGAGAUCGCCGAAAAAACGUUUGACCUGCUGAUCAAACUUCAUGGGCAGUCAAGCACUACAAGUCUAUCGGAAGACCUUGGUGCUACUCAUAACAACAAGGGGUGUGUUCUCCUGGUUUUUGGCCAUUUACGGGAGGCAGAAAAAGCGUUUGAAACUUCACUUGGGUACUUUGGUAACUCAAACAGAUCUUCAGUCGCUAAACAAGUUUUUGUCGUAAAAAGCAACAUGAGUCGCCUAAAUCUGGAUUUUAAAAAGUAUCGUCGAGCCCUUGAGCUACAAAUGGAAUUGGUAGAGAAAUGCGAAGCCACAGAAAUGAAGGAUCUACCAUAUGCAUUUGAAACGGUAUUCACAGUAAUGAAUAAUCAAGCCGUGUUGCAUACUACUCUUGAAAACUUCAGCGGAGCAGAACAUGCUUUGAGAUGGCUAAUAACCUAUUGUAAAGAUAGGAAGAGAAAAGACUCAGAAUAUCUUGUAAAUUUCCUUCAUCUGCAUCUUUCUGAAGUGCUUCUACUUCACGGAAAAUCCAAGGAGGCUAAUGAAGUGUUCAGUAUUGAAACCUUGAAAACAUUCGAGGACAUUGUGAACAGAUUUGAAGAUCUUUACUUUAAUGUUGGACUGGAGGCCCUUGAAAAGUUAAUAGAGCUCUUCGUCCGUAGAGGAAAGAUGAAAGCUGCCCUUCAGCACGUACAAACAUCUGUGAAAAUCCUGAAAAUUGUGUUUGGACCUGACCAUUUUAACAUUGCUUCCCUGUUGUGCAAACAGGGCAAAAUUUUGAGUCUUAUGGGAGAAGUUUCUCAAGCCACUAAAAUGUUCAAAUUUUCCAUCGAAAUCCUGCGAAAAAUCUUUGGCGAGAAGAAUCCUCUCCUCCUCAAGUGCUAUAUGUCUCUUGGUUAUAUGAAAUGGAGAAUUAAUCAAGAAGAGUCCCACCUUUUCUUUCAAAGAGCCACUGAGAACAUAGAGGGCAUUUACCAAGUGUCAUUUGUGAAUGAGUUGGCAAUGAAGUACCUGGAAAUGAUUCGAGAUUUCAAAACCCUUCAAAGACCGAGUACAUCUGAAGAUAGACUAGAAGGUCUAGUUGCAGAGUAUGGGAUGGCAGUGGCCUUCUUAUUAAAUCACCACAGCAACCGUCACUUAACAGAAUGCAGAGCCGAUAGAAAACUUACCACUGUGAAGAACACGGAAGGACAGGUUUCAGAGUCGAUAGUUUCUUUGAGAUAUUCAUCCGAUUUCAUUAAGAGUGGACAAAAGUUUCUCUGUCUUGGAAUGACAAAUGAAGCUGCCGUCUUUUUCCGACAAGCAGAGUUGCAAUGUGGAGUACAUGUAAUCCACAGUAAACCUGGCCUGAGUGUCGCCCGCCUAUACAGUUUAUUCCUAAAGGAAAAGUUUGGAGGUCACGGAUUCCUGAAGCAUGACCAUGGUUUAAGAAAAUUUCUGAAAGACCUCACCAAUGUCAUAGAAGAAAGUGGUGCUCAAAGUAUCGUCAAAAGAACCCAAACAGUUGAAUCGACGAUGAAGUUUGACUUUCAGCCAAACAUGAGGCUUGUGCUGGUCUUACUUCUUUUGUUCGCUUUAGAACUGAAAAUGAUCGAAACAACCUUUGCAGCGUACGAUUUAUACUCCAGACUUUUUCAAAAUGAAACCGAUUUUCCAUUUUUGCUUCUCGAUGGAAUUCAAGUCUAUGCUUCAAAAGUCGUAAUCACCUGUAAUGGGGAGACAGCAGUUCAAGACAUCCUCAUUUCAUCUGAAAUUGGUCCGAAAGAAACCAACGCAGAACCCUCAUCUACCGACACAGAUGGACAGCUAUUCCGCAGCUUGGCUUACAAGGAGAAUGCACCCAGAAAUGCUUUCUUGGUGACUGGCAGAUCACCGGUCCUUCUAGAUAUAGGUGACCUCAAUGCCGCGAAGGAAAAGAUCUCACUUGCAGUUCUAGAUUGUUUUCAAAUGAAAUGUCUGGAAGGUGAAGCCAAGGGCAGCGCAACUCAAGUUAUCGUUGAUUUGACCCCAACAACGAGAUGCGGUAAUCACGAUAUCUUGUCAACUUACCAACAAAUCGAACUAUUGCCCCUAUGUUUAUCAGCAUAUCCGAACGAUGAAAUAGCUCACAAUGAGACCAUCUUUGAGAUGGAUACAGCGAUACGUCAGAGGGUUACACAGAGGACAUUUGGAGAUAAGCAAACGAGCUCUUUUUUGUUCAACAAAACUGCACUCAGUCUUCUCAGGCGUAAUGACCCAGGAAAACUGUCUUCAAUGGUACUACUGAAUGACAACCUUUCCUUGACGGUUCGUGAUCCUGAAAGGGUACGACUGACAUUGUCACGUAGCGAUAAAGGGCUCACACAAAGAAUUCAGCACGUCACAGCCAAAGCAUCACCUAUUCCCUUGGAAUGCUCGAAUAAUAGGCGACAGGCUUCUCUGACUGACGCUUGCGUUUUGCCAGACGUUAACCCCUCAGAAAAGCGAUAUCAGGUACCAAGCCAGAGGACAACUUUGUCAGAGGUCCCCUUAAACGACUUGACCGCGCUUGGUUGUAACAGUGACAGUCUCAUAGACGAGUGCCAAGUAACUGGAAAGUCGUCUCCACUUCACUGCGAGGAAGAUAAUGGCAAUUCCAAAUUACACGACCAACAAGAACUUUCAAGAACCUACACGGAUGACAGUGCCCUAGAGUGUCUCACAAUAAUCAGCGAGAUAACACGACAGAUCCUCGAAGAAGCUUCUGAUGAAGACUCUAGCGGUUCCUAUGACUCCUGCUAUCAAAGUGUAGGAGAUCAGGAAUACAAUUCCAGGGAAGAUGGGUCGAGUUUGAUGUGUUCUAAUGUCAAUGCAACAAGAUGUUUAGCUACUAACUGCCAAAGUCAAGUAGAACAAGAAAGGUUUUCAACUACUUCUCAACAUUUGACAGCGACUCCACAGGUAAAUUACCAUGGCGAAUGUCUUACAUUGACAGCUAAUGAUUGUAGCAUUGUUGGGGAAAGCCUGAGCAGCCAUGAGGAGGAAUCCAUGCUUAUUGAAGACGGUAAUGAGAUGUUAAGGGGAAAACGUUUGUUUGAAGAUCAUAGAAAAUCAAGACUUUCCUUUAUCACUGACAUUCACGAAAAAUUGAGGAAAAAGCAACUCAACUGUACCGAAGGGAAUUCAGUUCGUUCAGACAGUGCAGAUGGAAGUCAUUUGCCAACGCUGCAUUCAAGCCCUACACAUUAUGGUAGCGAUUGUAGUAAAUUGGAACUUCAACACCGUAGUCCAGAAACGCAAGCACAAAGCAAAACCGCCAUUACCGGGAAAAUUGGCUCCUAUGAAAAUAACCAAAUAGUUUGUUCACGUGUGGGCAAGAAAGAGACGACAGACGACAAACCGUUGGUGGUAAAUCAACUAACACAAGAUACUACCAUCACUAAUGUACAAGAUCGCAAUGACCUCGCAAUGCAACCUAAGUGCGAGCUUCUAGAGGAGGAAAGAAGCCGUUUGCCUAGAACGACGCCAGAAAAAGUAUACACCUCAACAGUUCCUAAUGAUGAGGAGAGUUUCACCUUUUUGAAAGGAAAUACGUGUCCUGAACAAAACAUCAAAUCAUCAAAACAUCAAAACAUCAAAGAAACCAACAGGGAAACCUUCGUACCUAACGUCGAGGCGCAAGAUGCUGUGGGGGUUGACAAAAGCCGGUCCGAUUCAACUGUUUCGGCUGACUCUAAAAUAAAUUUUCAACAAAGACGCUAUCUCCAAGAAGAGCAAAGGAAAAUGAAAAGUGGAAAACACCACUUAUCGGAGGGUAUUAAGGGGAUUAAGGUCGAAAUCAGAGAAAAUGAAACCGAUACACUGGAAAAGCAAGGUACUUCUUGUUCCGAUUUUGAUGAUAUGACGACAGAGAGAAUAUUCGAGCCACUUAUUAAAGACGUUUUACCCAACGGAACCAUGAACAAGGAUACCAGUAGAAGUCAAAAUAACGUGGUAGAUCUUCAAAGAGAGAAGGAUUCGGUGGACGGGCCCAAUUUAAGAGAGGAAAAUGAAACGCGAUCUUUGAACCAAAGCUUAAGAAAAGUAGUCCCAAUCGAUCUUUAUGGGCAGAUACAUUUUAAGUCACAAGCCACCUUCUCAAACCGCCAUGAAACUACCUCCAGAUCGAUGUCUUAUAUGGGCGAUGUUGUUGCUGACGGUGAAAGCCGUGACAACAAUCUCAAUAACGUUGAUACUGUGGAUGGACCAGCACUCACACAAAAUCCUCACAAAGAAUUUCAUGCCGGCGAGAAGUUAAAAACCAACCUAAAGUGCAUAAGUGUAACUUUAAGUAACGAAAACGGGUCACAUACAGAUAGAGAUGCGGUUUGCGAAUAUAGAUAUCCUCCUGUAACUGAGAGUAAGCUCUUUCAAUCUCACUCAAGCGAUGGAGGAGCAAGACCUAAACAGAGAUUAACAGAUAAUGCUAAAAGCCCCUUACCGUUGCCCAUCGUUAAAAAUCCACUGUCAGCUCACCAUGACCUCGAAAUCAUAAAUACGGGCCUAGAUCCUGUCUUUAUGGCACGCCACGUUAAAGAGAGUAGCCCAUUUCUUUCGUUUCACAACGGUGGCAACUAUAAUCGUGCUUCAUUAGACGGUCCGUGGGAGGAAGAUUACGAACAGGACUACUUUGUAUCUAAUGCUCAUGAUCAAUUCUUUAAAGCCAAAGGUCAGAAUUCAUACGACAAGGACGAGUUCAUUUCACACGAUAUAGCCAAUAGAUGUGAUAAGGGUGUUCCUGUAAAUAACGCCUCAGUAAUCAAAAACUUUAGUGUUCAUCAUGUAUCGCCACCUAACGGAGACGAAAAAGAAAGCUGGCAUUUCCCAUCCUCAGAGUCCUGUGAAGAUACGGUGCUGCAAAGUGAAUGCUUUUCCGAGAGAACAAACGAGUCAAAUCCAACAUCGCUUCCAAAAUCCUUUGAUGCUAACCGAGAGAAACUGUUCAGUGUGUGUGGAUCGGUGUGUGCUUACAAUGACAUGGAUUCAAUGGCAAAUGAAUACUCCAGUGGUGUGGGUAGGGACGAAUGUGAACAGUCACUACCAAUGAGAGUAAGCGAGUAUUCUUUGGCCUCUAGUCUUGGAUAUCUUCAAGAGAUUAUGGCCAAGACCAUCCGAAUUGUUGUCUCAAAUGCUACGCGCGCGAGGGAAACUGAAUAUGCAAACCAGUCAGUCGAAAAUACAGGCGUAGAAGAAACGGGUGAUAUGGGAGAAGGGGAAUCAGCCGUUACACAAAGCUUUCACGCGACGAACAGUCGAGGGGAAUCUAUCCCAUCAAAUGAGACGACCGUAGAAGCUGAGCGGCAACCCAUGGCGACACCUGUACAAGAAAGUCCGCGCCCUGUUUGCAGUCAUUAUCAACGCCGAUGCUUGGUUCGGUUCCCCUGCUGUGGAAAAUUCUUCCCUUGCCACCGCUGUCACAACGAGUCAGAUUGUAGUGAGGAUCAGGCGAGAGCAAUUAAUGCCACACACAUACGGUGCACUAUCUGCUAUCACGAACAAGAGAUCGACGAAAAUGGCCAGAGAUGUGGCGGCUGCAAUGCGAUCAUGUCUGAAUAUUUCUGCUCAACAUGUCGCCAUUACACGUCCGUCGAUAAAAAUCCGUUCCACUGCGAAAAAUGCGGUAUCUGUAGAAUCCAUAAAGACCGAUCGUUCCAUUGUGAUGUUUGUAACGUAUGCCUUGACAAACGUCUCGAAGGAAAACAUAAGUGCAGGCCCGAUUCUGGACACGAUGAAUGCUGUAUUUGUCUAGAGGACGCCUUUAGUGGGUGUCAAAUUCUCCCUUGCUCUCACAAGGUCCACAAGGACUGUGCCAUUGCAAUGAUACAAAACGGCGUCCGCAAAUGUCCAAUUUGCCGCCAUCCGCUAUUCGGUCAACUCCAAAACAGUACUCAAUAAGAAACCUUUUUAACCAAUCAUGUUUUCUUUAGCAAAAAUUACUCAGCUUUAGAAAUGACGAUAAAAAGUUUGAAGCGAGACUCUGAACGAUCUGAUUUUAAUGAUUCGUUGCAUGGUAAAUUUUCAGAAUAUAUCAAACACUAAAGUUGUUGGAAAUCUAGCGAUUUAUAAUUCAAUAAUAACUUCUUGAGUUUAGGUAAAGUUUAGUUGGACAAAGUCGGUCUAAAUUCAAAUAAUUCCUUUCCCUCACCCUCGGGGUUGAAGCUACUGCAAGGAACCGCUUAAACGAUGAAAACUACUUUGCUUUGCUGAUGUUAAGCAUCCAUUCAUUUUUUUUUUUUUUUAGAUUGGAUGUAGCUUCAUUGAUACUUGAGCUAUUUUUCACCAGUUAACAGCUUUUUAAACCAGGGGGUAUAAAGGAACGAUUAUACAUUCGUACAAGUAGAGAUCCUUGAUAAAAAAGAAAUAAAACGCAAAUAUGUGACUAGCUAAAAUUAUAGGCAAGAAACCAAAACUAGCAAACAAAUAUGUAACGGAUGAAAAACAAACAAACAAACAUUAGCUCAGUCUAAGCCGUCUAAGUAUCGUCACCUCUUUAUCAUGAUAAACCAGACUGUUUUGGAGUCACCGAAUGAUUUCGAGAAAACAUUGUGCAGCUGUAUAGGAGAAGACAAGUCCAUAUGAGCUGUUAUACACAUACUACAAGGAUUAAUUUCCUAUUAGCAGUGCUCAAGAAUGGAUUUUACAGAUACUGUAAUUAGAUUAAGAUUUGUCAACCGAGAAUGCAAAGCAAAAUGACUGAUUCUUGCAGAGGAUGAAAAUUACAGCGACAAACUGUUAUAACGACAAACUGUUUGUUCGGCUGAGGUUCAAUUCAAGUUCAUUAGAAAACUCGGUUGAGACAUGCUUUGAGUUUAAAGACCAGUGCCAGUCAAGGCAGGUACUUUUAAAGGUAAACGAUUGUAUUCUAAAGCGAGAACAUCAUGCUUGAGUUAUUUAGAACAAGGAAGAUUUCUCCUUUGUCAGUGAAGUCAGUUUGAAACCUACAAGAAGCUACAUCAUAAGUAUGGGAUCAUAGUUAUCAGGGUAGUCAAUGAGGACGUUGUAUUUUAGAAGUAAUGAAAAAAAGGGAGUCAGCAUGAAGCGACUUAAGCUUAACUUGAUGUAUAGGUGACCUCCUAAGGGACAAAUUUCGUUUUCAGGAGGAAAAAAAAAUUUCAACGAGAAAGAAGCGCAUCACACAACGUGAUUAAAACUGGGUAGUCUCCAAUAAACGCAAUAUAAAGGUACCCGUUCAAGAUCACAUGAAUGAAAAUUUUGUUUUAAGAAGGAAAAAAUUUUAUGAGCACUUUUUCUAUUAUGUAUUUUGAUAUUUUAUCAGCAAUGUUACUCUCCAACCACAGAACGUAUAAAACAGCGUGACAAUAAGUAAUCGUUGGCUUUACUAGGCGUUCCAGUACCCAUAUAAGAAUUGCGUGAGUUCCAUUUUGUUUGGGAAAAACCAUUCUAUGAACGCUAUCAUUAUAUUACUAGUAAUUAAACAGUAUAUUAACCAGCAUGAAAAAUUGACAAACAGCCUCAAAAUAGACGCAAAGCAUUGGUAAACUUUAAUGAAAAGCAUGAGUGAAAUUUCGUUUUAAGAAGGAACAAAUUUCAUGAGCGCUUUUUGAAUUCGCCAAAAUGUAUUUUUUCGGCAGCGUUACUCUCUAAGCGCGGAACGUAAUAAGCACGGUAAUAAGUAAUCGAAGGCUUUGUUCGACGUUUCAGUCACCGUAUAAGAAUUGCCUGAGUUCAAUUUUGUUUGAGAAGAGCUAUUAUAUGAACGCUAUCAUCAUAUUACUAGUUUUUAAACAGUUUAUUACCCGGAAUGAUAAAUAAACAAAUAGCCUCAAAAUAGACGCAAAGUAUAGGAAAACUUUUAUGAAAAGCGUAUGUGAAAUUUCGUUUUGAGAAGGAACAAAUUUUAUGAGCGCUGAUUUUCAGUACCUAAUUUUUUAGCAAAACCAUUCUGUAUAUAGACUGUGCAUGGUGCGAUAGCGUGAAUGAAAUUUCGAUUUGAGAAGGAACAAAUUUUAGGAGCGCUUAUUUUUAGUACAACUAAUUUUUGUGCAAAACCAUUUUAUAUCUAGACUGCGGGGUAUGAUAACGUGAAUGAAAUUUCGUUUUAAGAAGGGACAAAUUUUAUGAGCGCUGAUUUUUAGUACUACCAAUUUAUCAGCAAAACCAUUCUGUAUCUAGACUGUGCGUGGUACGAUAGCGUGAAUGAAAUUUCGUUUUGAGAAGGAACAAAUUUUAUGAGCGCUGAUUUUUAGUACAACUAAUUUUUCAGCAAAACCAUUCUGUAUCUAGACUGUGUGUGGUACGAUAGCGUGAAUGGGAUUUCGUUUUAAGGAGGAACAAAUUUUAUGUACUCUGAUUUUUAGCACAACUAAUUUUUCAGCAAACUAUUCUUCAUCUAGACUGCGCGCGGCAAGAUGGCGUGAAUGGAAUUUCGUUUUAAGAAGGAACAAAUUUUAUGAGCGCAUUUUGUAUUUGCUGAAAUAUAUUUAUUCGGCAGUUACUCUCUAAGCACGGUAUGCAUUAUAAAAUCAGCAUGGCUUUAUUCGGCGUUUCAAUAACCGUAUAAGAAUUGCGUGAGUACAAUUUUGUUUGAGAAGAACCAUUUUAGGAACGCUAUCAAUAUUUUACCAGUAAUUAAAGGGUGUAUUACCCGGCAAGGUAAAUAGACAAAUAACCUCAAAAUAGACGCAAACCCUAGGUAAACCUAAUGAAAAGCGUGAGUGAAAUUUCGUUCGAAGAAGAACAAAUUUUAGGUGCGCCCAUUUUUAGUACAACUUUUUUUAUAGCAAAAGUAUCUGCAUGUAGACCGCGCGUGGUAAAAAAGAAUCGAAGGCUUUACUAGAUAUUUCAGACACAACUAAAGAGUCGCGUGAGUAAUUAGGAAAUGUGUUACCCGGCUUGACUGAAAAUGAUUGAGUAGCCUUGAAAGUGCACGCACACUUACUCGAUGAAUACGCAACGUAUCUGUCAGUGUAGUAAUCGUUAGCAUUAUUUGGCGUUUCAGUUUCGGUAUAAUAGUAGCAUGAGUUCAAGUUAGGGAUGCUAUCAUGAUUUUACUAUGUAUCAAAGAAGGUUUUAAAAGAGCGUUGGUGAAAUUUCGUUUCGAGAAGAAACACAUUUACGAUCGCUACCCGAAUUGUCUUUUUUAGUUAGCUAGUAUUUGUCUUUUUUUAUUGUACAUGGUUUAAGGCUGAAAACCUCUUUUGGGUUACCCUAUAACGUUCUAACUUAGUGUCGCCACCGGAGGCUGAAUGGAUAACAAGAAAAGACAAUUAUUCACAGUAACCUGUGGUUUUGCAUGAAUGCUAUUUAGCAGAGAAAGUUGUUGGAGCAUUUAAUCAGUUAGCUAGACUGCUCUGUAAGAACGUGCAUUCACUUUCCUUCUUCCAAUAAACUUACAAAUCACUCAACAA